AUGGCUUCUAUAGCCACAUCAGUUGCCAUUGCGGCUGUCCUUCAGGCUCUCGCGCGUGCUGUUCUCGAAUACCUCGGGGAGCCUGUGGUAGAGACUUACCCUUCGCCUAAACCUCCCCUAGCCAAUGUCGAGCCCAACCUGCAGCCGAAGCCUGCCUCGACUGAUUACCGACCUGUCCGGCCCACUCGCAGCAGAACCGCACCUCAACCGGUGGCCAAUCUGUCGAGCCCCCUGAACUCAAGAAAAAUGCAUGCGCCAAAAUGA